UAUAAAGGGAAGGAGGGAAAGCAGCCGCCCGUCACUCCUUUGUUGCAACACUUCGACGAAAUCUGCCAGCGGAGCCGAACGGACUCUGCCUGAGAGUCCUUAGCGACGCUGUCGAGCCCAUAACGACCAUCAACGAUACUCACGACCUUGACAGCAGUCGAGCCAAAAACUGUUCCCACGAUGGAUUCCAACGCUGUGAAAAACUCUUCCGCAGGAGCGACUCCUGCAAUGCAAGUCUCCGUCCAGAUCACCCAUAUGAACGGCCAAAAGAAGGACGGUGGUGCCUCCAACACCGAUACAGCCGCAAGAUUGGAACAAGGCCAGCCUGGCCAAGGAAAUCUUUUGCCGUUUGCGGUAGAGGAAGUGGUUCAUGGGUUCAAUGGGCCAUUCCCGGCUGGACGGAAAUCGCCCUUGAGCGCUGGACGCUUGGGAUUGGGUGGAGCGUGGACUAGGAGGAAGAGGAAUUUCGUUAUGGUAGCGUUGACGGUUGCCUUUGCGACGUUUGCUGCCGCUCAUAUCGCCUUGAUUAGGACGCAUGCGGAGUAUGGACCUAGAAGUGCAUGCAUGCUCUUCAUAUCCGCCUACCAAGAAACCCCGACAUCCUACAGUUUCGUCGCUCGCUCAACAGCGUGCCACACAAACAUCAUUCUCUCCUCGCUCUCCCUUGCCACAGCGCUAGCUCUCCUCCCGCUUAUCCUCCUCCUCACGCCCAAAAAACCGCACCUCUUCCCGGCACUACUCACGCUCAUCCCGGCAGCGCUCCUCACCGUCUCCGGCGCACUUACACUCAAGGGCUUGCGGGAAACAUGCGAUAAUUUCACGACCGUUCGAGGAGGCCGAUGCGCGGAUGUCUAUGAUGCCGGAUUGUUUUGGAACAGCGAUUGGACGAAGGUGUAUUUCGUCAGGCUGGCGGCGGUGCAGGCGGCGGCAGGCGUUGCGUAUGCUGGAGCGCUGACAGCGGUGAUUAGUAGCGUGCUUUGGGGGAUGCAGUGGUGGAGGUGGAGGAAGGUUAGGUGGUGGUAAGGGUACGGCGGCUGCAAUGCUUAGCAGUUCGGCCGGUUCUUCAGGAUGUUGGGUGGAUGUUGGGUGCGCAGGCAAUACGUAGCGAAAGGCUAACGUCUCGCUCCAUUCAUGGGCUU